AUGCCCAUAUAUACACAUACACCCCUCCACCCACGCACCCCCCGUCCAAGCAGGCGGCGGCCCGGCCUCAGGCGCCCCCGGCCCGGCCCGGCCCACCCUUCCCUCCCUGGCAGCCUGAGGCCGCGGCCACGCUGGGCCGGCUGCCUCAAGCUGGGUAUCCAGGGCUCCUACUUCUGCUCUCAGGAAUGUUUUAAGGGAAGCUGGGCCACGCACAAGCUACUACACAAGAAAGCAAAAGAUGAAAAAGCCAAACAAGUUUCUUCUUGGACUGUGGAAGGUGACAUUAACACAGAUCCUUGGGCUGGAUAUCGAUAUACUGGUAAACUUAGACCACAUUAUCCACUGACACCGACGAGGCCGGUGCCAAGUUAUAUUCAGAGACCUGAUUAUGCUGAUCACCCAUUAGGAAUGUCUGAAUCAGAACAGGCUCUUAAAGGAACUUCUCAAAUAAAAAUCCUAUCGUCUGAAGAUAUAGAAGGCAUGAGAGUAGUAUGUAGGCUUGCCAGAGAAGUGUUGGAUGUUGCUGCUAUGAUGGUGAAACCAGGUGUAACUACUGAAGAAAUAGACCAUGCUGUCCAUCUAGCCUGCAUUGCAAGGAAUUGCUAUCCUUCCCCUCUGAAUUAUUAUAAUUUCCCUAAGUCAUGCUGUACGUCUGUGAAUGAAGUGAUCUGCCAUGGAAUUCCUGACAGACGGCCUUUGCAAGAGGGUGAUAUUGUUAAUGUGGAUAUUACUGUUUAUCGCAGUGGUUAUCAUGGGGAUCUAAACGAGACGUUUUAUGUUGGGGAAGUUGAAGAAGGUGGAAGAAGACUAGUUCAGACAACUUACGAGUGCCUAAUGCAAGCCAUUGAUGCAGUAAAACCUGGUGUUCGGUACAGAGAACUGGGAAACAUCAUUCAGAAACAUGCCCAAGCCAAUGGGUUUUCAGUUGUUCGGAGCUACUGCGGGCAUGGCAUCCAUAAGCUUUUCCAUACUGCCCCCAAUGUGCCACAUUAUGCCAAAAAUAAGGCAGUUGGAGUAAUGAAGCCUGGUCAUGUGUUUACAAUUGAACCAAUGAUCUGUGAAGGUGGGUGGCAAGAUGAAACGUGGCCUGAUGGCUGGACUGCGGUGACAAGAGAUGGAAAAAGAUCUGCCCAGUUUGAGCACACGCUUCUGGUCACAGAUACUGGCUGUGACAUCUUAACUCGGCGGUUGGAUAGCACUCGUCCUCACUUCAUGUCCCAGUGUUAGUUUAGACUGAGCUGGAGGAUCUUUUUAUUUCUGUACUAUGCAUUUUACUGAGCGUACCGGAUAGAAGGGGAUUUUAUCACUUGUUUUGUUCUCAUUGACUGUAGAUAAGAGCAGAAUACAGCAUUUGGUGUAUAUUUUGAAGAACUUGAUCCAGUGUCAAUAAGCAGAAAAUAAUUUAAAUUUUUUUCCGCUUCCCUCCUACCCAAGACACUCAUACUGUAUUUUGUUUGUUUUUCUUCAGUUGCCUCUUUAGCACCUUUCUUCUAAUCAGGCCUGCAGUUGCUUCUAUCACUCUCAUGAUACUAGCUGGAAAAUGCAGGUUUCUUUCACACUGGGGACUUGAUGUUUUGGGUAUCCAGGUAUCUCCAUUUCUUCAGUGUGCCCUGCCUUUAUUAGUGUGUGCGCGGCACCUGGGAUUUUAAAGAUUUCUAUUCCAAAGACCUGCUUAGCUACUUCUGCAAACACUGUUCUCACAGGCUGGGCCUUGUUUUGUUUAUGACCUGAGAUAGGGGAAAUAUAUACUCAAGAAAAUGCAAAUUGCCAAGAGUAGUUUACAUUUUAGCUCUGUCCCAUCUCUAUGUUGUUACCUCUGCUGUGAUUGUGACUAUAGAUGAUGCCAUGUGCUUUUGGUGGGAUUUACUUCCUCUUGCUGGAAAUUGUUAAUGCUGGUUCCAUGCUGGGAGAUCACUAAAAUACUAUUUUGUAUUUGUUUCCCCAAAAGAGUUGCCCCUCUGAGGAGUAGUGGUUAGCAGAGUAUGGUACUCUGGAAGUUCACUGUGAAACUGCUGUUUCAGACCCAAGUUGGGAAAGGAAUGAAACAAAUAACCAAACAAAAACAUGAUUUGCAGGCUCCAGUGUAUUUUAACUGAUUCAUGUUUCCUAAACAGAUCCAGAGUAGCUAUGGGAUGGGAAUUGCAAGGUGCAGGACAUUACAGCAAGACAAAUGAAAACUGCCUGAAAAGAAUGCUUAAAUGUUUGAGUAAAUAGGAAACAUCUUCUAUACUGCUGCUGUGUUAGGGUAUUUUUUUAAUUAAAAUUUUUUUUUUAAGUGAAUUUCAUGUUGUUUGAAAACGUGUGGGUAGGCAGCCUUGGAAACUCAAUGCCUAUGCCCUACAACUGGGUAUAGAGUGGCCAGUUCUGUGGCAUCCCAUUCUUCUAGUUUGCUAUGAUCCUGACCUGUAAGAGAUCACUUCAAGAACUGUGGGGUUGAGUUAGCCUCAAGCCCUUGGUCCUCUCAAUCUUUGUUGUCUGUUGAGAUUUUUAUUUUCUGAAUUGGUAAUGAAAAUGAUUUCACUUGCAGUUUUCCUUAUACCACUGUAAUGCAAAAAAAAAAAAAAAUUAAACCAAUGAAGACAAAUCAAAUCAUAAAAUCAUGGGCAUAAAAUGCACAUUUUGCUAGGUGUCUUGUGACUUCUUGUCCCAUAGGGCUUGAUCUUACAAGCUACUGAGUGCUCUGAACUCUUAUUGGCACUGGUAGAAUGUGAGGGCUUGUGAUGUAUAGACAUGGACCCAUCUUGGGCAUGACUAAACACCAAACUUACCAGGAAAUGUCUUCGAUUCCUGGAGUGCCUCGGACCUUUUUUUUGCUGUAAGAUACCAUUGUGAUAACAUUUUCAUUACAUUUAUAAUUUUUAAUGAUACAGUAAAAAUGACCUGAAAUGACACAUAGAGUGUGUGUGUGUGUGUGUGUGUAUGUGUGUAUUUAAGUAAAUGGACUGCAGUACUUGAGUGGAAUUGCCUGUGUUGAAUGCUGCAUAUGUAAAAUUACGAGGAGAUUAAAAGUCUGGAUGGCUAUCCCAGAGAUUUGCCCAUGAUAUCAGUCAUUUAAAAUUGGUAGUUUUCUUCUCAUGUGUGAGAGAGAGAGAGAAAGAGAUGGGUACGCUUGAAGCUUGAUUUCCACUCCCCCCUCCCUCCCCCUUUUUCUUGGCAUAUAAAAUAAAAGUUGCAGCUGUACCGAAUGGAGGCCACAUUUUCAUGAUAUAGCAUCCCUGUGGGCUAGCCACACUUUGAACUUAACUCAGUAUAAAAUUAUAUGUAAAUCAGUGAUGUUUAAUCCAAUCAUUUACUGAUUUGUUAACUUAUCGUAAAUCUGGUUUGAAAACUGGGUUCCACCCCCUCCCCCCACCCCACAUUGACCAGUGCAAGCUUUUUAGCAUAGGCAGCCCAAAACAUAUUGCUUUAAUCAUUGGAUAGCAAAGCUGUCUGAAGGGCAGAGUAAUUAAUUGUUUCUCUUGGAUUUUUUUCAAAUCUGACUGCGUAUUUUGCAGUUUCUAGUUGAUUUUCAAACAUACCUAGUUAUAGAUUUUGCCUACACAUGCAUGCUAGAUUCUCUGUGUGCAAAGCUUUGGAAAUAAUCUACUUCCAAUCUUAUAAAAAUUUCCACCUAUAAUGGUUUUACUAGAACAAUUAGGUGUUUGUGUUGUCUCCUAACAUUCUCAACCUUUUUUGUACCAGGACCCAUUUUUAAACACUAGUGGCCAGUCCCGAGCCAGUGCCCCUCACUCCCAACCUACUGCCCCCUGCCCCCAGGUCUUAGCUCCCCAAUGUGUGGGGCAGAGACAUGGAGGACCCCAAGCAGCCCCUCGCAGGCUGGAGCUCUGCCAGCCUGCAAGGAAAAAGCCAGUUUCCCAUGUUUUUCUCCUUUAAAGGAGAAUCCAUUUUUAAAGUUUGCAGCCCUUUCAUAUAUUCUUGCGACCCACUUUUGGGUUAUGACCCACAGGUUGAGGAAUGCUGAUCUAUACCACCUCUUCCAGUUCCAAAACCAUGAGAAUAGGGAAAUUGCUUAUGUUUUCUUCAAACAUGCCAUUUUUGCUGAUUUCUCAUGGACUAAUUUUCAGGAAACAAGACUUGAAUAGUUAAUGAUAGGUAAAAAUGCAGCAUAGAACCGAAGAGAUGCCAGAAUGAUGCAUUGGAGAAGGGUUUAAAUCUUUCACAGGAGUUCUCAGGAACUGUCUAUAGCUGUUUGUUUACCCAGGCAUGUAAAUGUAGGUUUUUCUUAAACUGAGAUAUUUGGAGUUGGAGACCAGCUGAUCUAAAUGUAUAUAUCACCAUUGUGAUAUUUUUUUAAAGCUGGCUUGCAGUGUGUUAUUUUCUUGGUUUGGUAUUUACAACAGAGAAUCAAAACGUUCUCAAGGUGAAAAUGGUUGCUUUUUUUCUUUUAUUAUAACCACUGCAGUGAUUUUAAAAAGGUAGCAUCAUAUUCAGUGCUUCACAUAUUCAUAUAAAAUGGACAGCUACAAUGGAAAUGUUUUCAGUGACAAGACACAUUCUACCUGGGUACCUUAUUUACUCAACUAUAAGGUGAGGUUCCUCUCCCCCCGCCUCCCCCUCAGCAUGGGAAGAAAAAGCCCCUUAUCUUGUAUUCACAUCCCAGCAAACCUUCCCCUUCCUCCCUCAAUUAAAUACAUUAUCUAUCAUUAAACUGCUGCUAGAAGCAACAAGUAUUUAGUCAUGGAAACCAACUAAUGCCUGGCUCACAUUGGGCAAACACAGUGAUAGGAACUUACAGGAAUUUUUUUUUUUAAUUUAGUUUUAAGGGCCAAAUCGGUUCCAAAUUCUAUUGGGUAAAGCCCCCAAUGGUCAGGUUCCAAAUUUUGACUUAGCAGAGCUCAUUUGUUCAAUUCUGUGCAUCUCUACCACCAGGUAAGUAGCUUCCUUCCCAGACCUAUAAGUGUGGGGCUUCAGAUACUCCCCAAAUCUGUGGCAGGCAUCCUACAUGCAAGCCCAGGGUUCAGAUGCCCCCUCGUCUUGCUCGUGGCCAAAAGGCUAGGGUGCAGGCCAGGGGAAAAGCAAGAAAGCAGUAUCCUAUUGCCACAAAAUUUUGCAGUUGGGUUUCCUGCUUUUGGGGAAACUUGCAGGGGUCAGCCUGCCUGGAGUACAAGUGACAGGCCUCACCCUGGGAAAACUACCUUCUUGAUUAUGGUUUCUCUCUAAGACAAGAUUUAGGUUAGUGCAGCCCAUCUUUGUGCUUAGUCUUCCUCAGGGACAACUCUCAAGGCGUGGUGAACCACUACAUCAAAUACAUUUCACCUUCCUCUUCACUCCCACACCUGAGCAGUGCCUUUUUUUUUCCCCCUACUUCCAAUGAUUCCUGCUUCUUCGAACCUUAAAUGUCUGGUAAACAUCUCCAAACUUCUGUGUAUCUGAGAGACUGUCAAAGCCUCUCAGCCUGUUGCAUGUGAGUAGUGUGGCUGUGCCCUCUAUGAAGUGAAGACAGAUGAGGUAGGUCUGUGCCUUAUCUGCAUAAACAUUUUUAGAGGGUUCCAGGACUUGUGACAACACUUAGUUCCGGUUGUGAGUUGGGGGGCAAUAAUUAGCAUGUGGAUCCUCACAGGUGGAAGGGCAGGUAUCUGGAGAACAGAUGCAUACUGAGCAGCACUGCACUGUGGGGUCACCAAGGCUUGAAAUGCUGUUGACUGAUGGGGCUCAGCCAUGUAGCUAUAUGAUAAAUCAUGGGCCUUUUGGCUCUGGACAAAUAUGCAUAGUUUGUACUAUAUAUGAAUAGGUACACAAUAGGGCUGUGCGAAGCUUUGGUCGCUGAUUCGAUUCGGCAGAGAUUCAGCCUGAUUUAGUGGCCAAAUCUCUGAAUCC